GGGGUAGCGUGGGCUACGUGCGCCAAGAAGAAAAAGGAGGUGGUCCCACAGGGCAAGGCCUGCAGAGAGGACAUGCAGCUACUGCUCGGUAUUUGGCCAGACGUUGCAUGGGAUGGUCACGUCACCAAGUAUGAAGCCGCCAUCGACGGCCACAAGAAGACGGUGGACACAGCAAAAGAUAUAAUGAACAAGCAGAAUGUUGGCUCCUACUUAUACUGGGGCGGCAUUGUCAUGGGCGCAGAUCAAUUCGCCAAUAAGUUCAAGCAUUCCCACGAGGGUGUCGAAGGUGUAGUGGAGAUCGCAAUCCCGAAGGGCUUGGACGGCACAGCGGAGAAAACGUUUGUAUUCCAAGAUCCUCAGCAGCCUUACCGCGAUAUCCGUUUCUUUAGCCAGUGCGAUGUGUCGAAGACUGCCGCUACGCUGCCAUCCGAGAAGCACGUGCUGGAGAAGCAGGCGCAGGCGUCGUUCGACAAGCAGGUGAAGUUGGACGUCGGAGCUCGGGCCCAGCAGUUCCGAGGAGACCAAUUCGCCACGCUCCCGAAGAUUGAUCAGAUCCAGGCGAACUGCGACAAGGUUAAGGCCGAUGCUGAAGAAAAGAAAAAGAGAGGCAUGGAUGAGGUGAGGAAGUGGGAGAACCGGAG